UCCACGAGGAAAUUAAACGAUUAAACCCCAAGAGAGGGAGAGGAGAGAGGAGAGGAGAGGAGAGAGAGAGAGAGAGAGCAAAUAAGUCAUCUCACUCCAUUUCUAGCCGUUCUCCUGUGGAAGGAAGCAAAGGGCAAAGAACUCCGAACCACACAGACUUGCUCAGCUCAUCAACGCGUAAGAACACUCGGUCCCUUCGAUUGAAGUUCUCUUACUUCUUGCAGCUCCUACUGUUACUCAUUGCAAAUUUGCUCACUUUCUUCUCCGAACAUCAUUUUCUGAUAAAUUAUCAAACACUUACUAGUUUCAAAUGCAAUCUUCUUUCUUACUUUUUACUAUUAGUUUCUAAUAAUUUAUUUACUAAGGUAAUCCCAAUUCUUGAAACUAGGGUUUUUUUUUCCUUUGAAAUUUACAAUUUUUUAGUAUGUGAUGGAAUUGAUCUCCAAGUUGUGCUUUUUAUUUUUUUAUUUUUAGGAAUUUCGAUCUUUUGGGUGUCACAUGAUUUUGGGGUUUUGGUGAAUUGAGCUUUGAUUACACUCCAGAAAUUCGGGUUUUGAUGCUUUUUGAUAUAGACUGUUCCUGGAGCCUACGCAUUCAAAGGGUUAGAUUUUGCAUUUUUUUUUUUUUUUUUUUUUUUUUGUCAGAUUUAACCAAGGUCUUCUGAGGCUAUGUGAGUUUGGGCUUUUUGGUUGCCUCCUUUGAGGGUUUCAUAUUAUACGAUAAUUUAUUUAUUUUGGAUAUUAGCUAUGUCUGCGAAUAACAAUAACCCUCCCAAGAAUAUUGGGGUUUCAUCUCCUUUUGACAAUGCCGGGAUGGUCUCUUCUAAUUUGCCUGGAAACCCGACUUCUCAUCUGCAGUCGCAGUCCCAACCCCAACAACAAAUUGGGUCUGGCUUUACGGGUCAGUUUCAGCUGUCCCAAUUCUCUGCAGCUCAUGCCCAGGCGAUUGAACAAGCACAAAAGGCUCAAGCUCAUGCCCGAGCUCAAGCUCAUGCCCGAGCCCAAGCUCAAGCGGCGCACGCCCAAUUCCAAGCUCAGUUACAGGCUCAAGGGCUGUCCCUAAACCAGGCCCACUCCACCGGUAUUGGUAAUGUGGGUUCUUCAUCACCUUCCAUUGGAGCAUCGGGCAAUGCAAGCGCAAAAAGAGCACCACAAAAGCCACCAGCACGGCCACCUGGCUUGUCAGCUACCAACACAAUCUCACCAUUGAGAACUAUGGAGCUUACAGCUGCUGCUCGCAGAAAAAAGCAGAAGCUUCCUGAGAAGCAAUUACAGGAUAGAGUGGCUGCAUAUUUGCCUGAAUCUGCUCUUUACACUCAGCUCCUUGAAUUUGAGUCUCGUGUUGAUGCUGCUCUGGCAAGAAAGAAAAUUGACAUCCAGGAGGCCAUAAAAAACCCCCCAUCUAUCCAGAAAACCCUUAGAAUUUAUGUAUUCAACACUUUUGCUAAUCAGAUCCGCACAAUUCCGAAGAAGCCAAAUGCUGAACCACCUACAUGGACCCUUAAGAUAAUUGGGAGGAUCUUGGAAGAGGGGAUAGAUCCUGAACAGUCUGGCAUGAUCCAGAAAUCAAGCCCCUUAUACCCAAAGUUCUCAUCUUUCUUCAAGAGAGUUACCAUUUCCUUGGACCAGAGACUAUAUCCAGAGAAUCAUAUUAUUAUAUGGGAUAGUGCUCGAUCACCUGCACCUCAUGAGGGCUUUGAGGUAAAAAGAAAAGGGGACAAAGAAUUUACUGUGAAUAUAAGGUUAGAAAUGAAUUAUAUGCCCGAGAAAUUUAAGCUUUCACCAGCUUUGAUGGAGGUUCUUGGUAUUGAGGUUGAUACCCGCCCAAGAAUUAUUGCUGCAAUCUGGCAUUAUGUGAAGGCUAGAAAAUUGCAGAACCCGAAUGACCCGUCUUAUUUUAAUUGUGAUCCGCCACUUCAGAAAGUUUUUGGGGAAGAAAAGAUGAAAUUCACCAUGGUUUCGCAGAAGAUAUCACAUCAUUUGUCACCUCCACAGCCGAUACAUUUGGAGCAUAAGAUCAAGCUUUCUGGGAAUAGUCCUGCCGGAAAUGCAUGCUAUGACAUAUUGGUGGAUGUGGCUUUUCCAAUACAAAAAGAAUUAAAUGCUUUACUGGCCAACACAGAGAAGAACAAAGAAAUUGAUGCCUGUGAUGAAGCAAUUUGUACUGCCAUAAGGAAAAUUCACGAGCAUCGUAGGAGGCGAGCAUUCUUUCUUGGAUUCAGUCAAUCACCAGUGGAAUUUAUUAAUGCUUUGAUUGAAUCUCAAAGUAGGGAUCUGAAACUUGUAGCAGGGGAAGCAAGUCGCAGUGCUGAAAAAGAGCAUCGGUCAGAUUUCUUCAACCAACCAUGGGUUGAAGAUGCUGUUAUUCGCUAUCUGAAUCGCAAGCCAGUUGCAGAUGGUCCUGGAAGCACAUAAAUAAGGGAAUGUGGAGGCUGCUGAUGUUUCAAUGUUUGAUUUCUUUUUCCGACUUCAUACUCAUCAAUCUUUUUAAUAUCCCUUUUGAAUGUAUUGUGGAUAUAUUUGAUUGUUCCAUUGUUAGAUGGGGAGGAGAGUCACAUUAUGCACACUGAUAAUACAUAUUGGACAAACUUAGUAUCAUAGCUUAGUCAACUUAUCAAUGAUUAGAAUCUGUGGUAUACUGGAGUUCCUCUUCAUGGAUAGUUUCAUAACUUUAUAUCAUAUUAUUAAUUUGUUAUAAUAAUAUGAUUUAGUUCUGGUUCUCUUAGUCAA